CCAGAUUCUUGCUCAUGGGCUGGUGGCAAAUCUGACAAAUCCUAUUGCUUUUUUCCUAAACUCUCUCUGGAUGCCUUCAGGAAAAGAAGCUUGUUAUUAUGUAUGAAAGUAAAUAAUUUGUAUUCUUAGAGCAGGAGUUGGAACAGUAGGACUUGAAGGCAAGAGAACCUUGUCUUACCAAGGAUCUGCUCCCACAGGUUCCCCAGAGCUCUCUCUCCAAGUCAGACCCACCUGGACAUCAUGACAGAUGUGCCAGGGACGUUCAGUCGGGCUGAGUGUAACGGGGACUCACCGCCUGAAAAUGGUCAACAACCAGUCGCUAAACCAAAUGAAGAAGCCAGCGAUGCGGGUGGCACCCCACCAUACUACAGGGUGGCACCUAGUCUUGAAGAUUUUCCCACAGAAGGAUAUCAGGAAGAAAGUGAAAAAUUACAAAGCAAGGUGGUUCUCAACUGGUCUACAGAUGAGAAGAUUCUAAAAGAAAAACCAGAAGAUAAUCUCUUUAUUGUUCAUAAGGCUAUCACAGAUCUUUGUCUCCAAGAAACAAGUGUUGAUGAAAUGUCAUUCAGAGAAGGGCAUCAUUGGGAGAAGAUUCCUCUGAGCAGCAGUAAUCAGGAAAUAAGUAAGCAAAAGGAAAGGGUUGCUGAACAACCUCUAGGAGAGAGAGAAGAUGAGGACAGGAAGAACAAAGCUCACCAGGCAACUGAAAUUGAAUGGUUGGGGUUUCGGAAACCUAGCCACGUCGAUGUGUUGCAUUCUAAACAUGAUGAGGAGCAAGAGACGUGGGAUGAAGAAAUUAAUAAUGAUGGUGAUGAAGAUGAUUGCAACGAUGAUGAAGAUGAAGUUCGAGAAAUAGAAUUUAAGAAAAAAAUUGAAGAGGGUUCUCAAUUAAGAGAAGAUGAUGCCAGUGAGGACUCUCCACUGAGCAGCCCCAGUUCCCAACCUGUGACACCUGAUGAGCAGCCAGCCUUUGGGAAGAAGAAUGAUAUCUCCAGAAAUGCUUAUUCAAGAUACAAUACAAUAUCCUACCGGAAAAUCAGGAAGGGGAACACCAAGCAAAGAAUCGAUGAAUUCGAGUCUCUGAUGCAUUUAUAAACUAACCGGAACUGAGAAGUUCUCAUGCUCACUAAAGCAAAAGCUAAUUCUUUUUUCCUGAGGUGCAUCUUUGUGUGCCUCAUUUGAGUCGUCCCUUUUAAAGAUGUGGAAGCUUAAUCUCUGUGUCACUGUAGAAUAAUGUCAAAAUAACCUUAGACAAAAUUCAGUCUGGUAGCCCCAGAUCAAAAAGCUUUAGAUGCAUUCUUGGGCAUUUGCUUUUUAAAACUUCACUAAUAUAGCCUUGGGAAAUGAGCCCAAACAGCAGGCACCCCUGGAGAAUCUGGCAUGAUUUGGCUUGAAAAGUAGCAAUGCGGGGAAGUAUAGUCAUCAAACGAAAGAGGACUAUUAGAAAUGCCCUGUAUUUCUUUAGGUGUCUUUUUUUCUUGUACACUGAGGGUGACAGAAAGUCUGGCAUUGAACUUUUCUUUCUUUUAAACAUGGUUUUAUAGACUCUGGCAACAUACUUUCCAAAAUAUUCGGCCUUUCCUAUUAUCUUCCAAAAGGAUGUAAGUGGUUUUCCACAGCUUCUGCAGAGUGAAAAUUCUGUAUAGGCCCCCUUCCUAGGUGUUACCAUUCAUUGAAUUUUCUCACUAGAGGAGCUGAGUAACUGUCAAUAGGGAAAAUUCUGUUUACUAAAUGUUGGCUUUAUGCUCUCAAGAUGAAUUAAAUCCAUUGUGAGGUUGAUACUGGGAGGGGCUAGAAGACUGGUGGGCAAUAGACUAAAGAGUUAUAGCAGAUAGUUUAUUUCUGUGAUGGAAAAUAAAAUCUUGUCUUCCACAGCUAAACUCAUUAAAGGUGAAAAUGACAGCUUUAGCACAAUUUUAAGAAAAUACCCUAUUACCACACUUUCUCUUAUUAACAGUUUCUCAGAAUAAUUUUCUUUCCUUAGAAACCUGAGACAACUCUAGUCAUAACUGUACUAGUUACUAUGAAAAUGGAAAUAAUUAUCUUAGAAUAUUUUCAAAGUAGAAUGUGUGCAUGUAUUUUUAGUGAGAAAGCUCUGAUAGAUGGGAAUAUAUAAUUUAUUGGACCUCAGCCCAAAUCAAGAUGAUUAAAAUUGUUUCACUCAAACCAAUGUGACAAAUAAUAUACUGAAUAUUUAUGAAAAGGGAGAAUAUGUAUUUAUAUUCUUAGACAGUUCCAUAAAUUUUCAUUUCAUGCUUCCAUAUAUAUUACCCUGAACUUUCUGUCACCACAGAUAAAGAUAUGUUUUUGCCCUGAAAAUAAAAGACAAUUCCUUAUUGUCUGAAUGUAAUACAGUCUUCAUUGUACUAUUCAACCCUUUGUUUAUUUCUUUUUCAUUUUGUGAAAAACCUUCUCAGAUUAUUGCUUAUUUAUGUGUAACAAAUCCCACACAUUCUAAUGGAAAUUUCUUUAAUUCUUCUUGGUCAUAUAAUAUAUUUCCUUAAUAUCUUAUACUAUUAUUUAGUGUUUACAAGACUCAAUUUUGAGUUCAAGAUUGAAGUGCUCCUUUUAUUCUUUCAAACAGAUACUUGGCAACCUGGCCAUAUGACCAUGUUAUAUGUCACCCUUAAUUUACAGAACCUAUAGAUUUCACUCUUGACAAUGCAACUUUUCAGAAGAAAGCCACGGAAAUCAGGUCUUUAUUAAUGCAUUGAUGUAAAGAUUAAUGCAUUGGGACAAUUUCCCACUUUUUUGGAUCCUCAAAAUGUUUCCACCUGGACAACCUGUUUUAUUUUCUGGGUUACUGAUGAUCUCUACAAUUUUCUACUUAAUGUCAAAGCACAGUAUUGCAUUGUCCAUUGUGGAAAAGGACCCUAUUGUUAACCUAUCAUCAAAAAGCCUGUGUUUUGAAUUAUUCCAGCAGAGGUGAUGAAUUGCUGUGGAACCUGAGUAAGGUGGGUGGUCUAUAGCCAUGUGACAUGACCAACCAACUAGUUUUUAGGGGCACUAACAUACAGUAACUAUAGCCUUUUUAGUUUUGUGUUCUUACCAGAUAAUUAACCAACCUUGAAAGAAUCUGUGAACAGAGACUUUCUCAGCAUAUGUCAAUGAGUAAAUGCUUAAUGCUCAUGGAUGAGGCAAGAUAGUCCCAAGAAAACACUGCAACUGUUCUUUGACGUUGGUGUCCAUUGUCCUAUGCUGCCAUCUCACACUAAAACCAUAGAGUUAAGUGACUACAGGUAAUGUGAUAAUGAUUAGUGGCUGUUGGAUUCUUUGUAAACUAGGAGAGACAAAGGUCUGUUUCAGAUUACCUGAGGGGUAUUUAUCUUAUUUGAAACGUAUAUGGCACACACCUGAACACAAAUUGGCUUACGACUUUGAUGAUUCAAGGUUCAGGGCUGUAAGGACCCUGGUACUUGGUACAAGAGAGAAUUGAUUUAUUGUUCAAAUACUGGUAUUUCUUACACGACUUAAUUCCUUGGUUGCUGGGUAAAUAGGAAUUAAUAACAGCUCUAUUUCUCUGUCCAUACAAAUUGACCUUUCAUAUAAUGCUACCUUUGAAGACACAGACUAUGUCAGAGCCUAUUUAUUAUCUAUCAGUCUAUCUGUUAACAAUUUAAGUAAAGAACUGGUCUUUGUGGCUUGCUGUCAAUAAAAGUUUGUGUCCUUGUU